AUUGAAACUUUAACGUUGAUAUUCUUGGCCUCUUUUGACAUGAUUUAUUUCUUACCAUACCCUGUCAUCCUUUAGGAACAUGGUGCUAGAGGUCAGUGUCAAGGUAAUGUAUGCUGCUUAUCUGAUAGUUGCUUUGUAGUCUCAGUUCAAACUGGACAGCUGUAAAAAGUAGACAAGUGUUAGCAUGUGCGGUGUCCUAUAUGCAUAUGUGUUCAUCCUCCAAUGUCUCCUUGCACUGGGGGAUUAUCCCUUCAGAAAUACAUCCCUACCGUGGGAUGUGAGGGUAGAGGACCUAGUCGGGCGCCUCACCCUGGAGGAGAUGCAAGAACAGAUGGCCCGAGGGGGACAUGGUAAUUUUGGAGGACCUGCUCCCGCUAUCCCUCGUCUAGGUAUCGGCCCCUACUCCUGGAACACGGAAUGUCUGAGGGGAGACGUGGGGGCGGGGAAUGCCACAUCCUUUCCCCAAGCUCUAGGGUUAGCAGCUGCCUUCAGCAAGGACCUUAUAUACCGGGUUGCGGAGGCCACUAGUGUUGAAGUGCGUGCUAAAUAUAACGACUUCAUCAGCAAAAAGCAGUACGGCGACCACAAAGGCAUAAGCUGCUUCAGCCCCUUCAUGAACAUCAUGAGGGACCCAAGAUGGGGACGAAACCAGGAGGUUUUUGGAGAAGAUCCGUACAUGUCUGGUGUUUUUGCCGCCAUGUCUGUGAAAGGCCUGCAAGGUAAAGACUCACGCUUCAUCAGAACUAAUUCCGGUUGUAAAGUCCUCGACGCCUACGGUGGACCAGACAGCAUCCCCGUACCUAGACAUAAUUUUUCAGCCGUGGUAUCAGUACGAGACUGGCGUACAACAUUCCUGCCAGCGUUUCGUGCCUGCGUCAAGGCUGGGACUUACAACAUCAUGUGCAGCUACAACAGCUUCAACGGCACGCCAGCAUGUGCCAACGCCCUGCUCCUGACAGAUGUUCUCAGGAACGAAUGGAACUUCACUGGCUACGUCGUCAGCGACCAAGGAGCCAUAGAGAGAAUAAAGACAACACACCACUACCUAGACAACGGAGUAGACAUAGCUGCAGCAUCGGUGAACGCUGGUGUUAAUCUGGAAUUAUCUGAGAAUCUUCCUCAUCCCUACUUCUCCCUAAUCACUGAAGCAGUUAAACAAGGCAAGCUGACGGAAGAUUUGAUUCGGGAGAGAGUGAAACCAUUGUUUUAUACCAGAAUGAGGCUUGGAGAGUUUGAUCCACCGGAAACGAACCCGUACACUAAGCUGAACAUGUCUGUCAUCGAGAGUGAGGCCCAUAGAGCCCUGGCAGUUGAAGCAGCGAUGAAAUCCUAUGUCUUGCUGAAGAACGCGAACAACUUCCUCCCUUUGACAAAGAAAUAUAAUUCUAUUGGGGUGGUUGGUCCAAUCGCCAACGACAAAAUCAACAUAUUUGGCGACUACGCCCCCGACUCUGAUCCCCGGUUUACCAUGACUGCCCUGGAUGGCAUCAAACAGUUGUCCUCAAAUGUCCAAUAUGGCGCUGGCUGCUCAAACACUUCCUGCACGAACUACAACUCUUCCUCUGUUCAAGAAGCUGUGUCUGGGAAAGACUUAGUGUUCAUCUGCCUGGGAACGGGGCAAGAGAUCGAAAGUGAAGCACGUGACAGACCAGAUAUUGAACUUCCUUCAGGACAAGCCGAACUAUUACUAGAUUCACUCAAAUUCAGCGCAAAUACGCCAAUCGUCCUUCUGCUGUUCAAUGCCGGGCCUCUGAACAUUACCAUGGCGGAUGCCAAUCCACAGGUUGCCGCCAUCUUGGAAUGUUUCUUCCCUGCUCAGGCUACAGGAGAAGCUCUGCGCCGUGUGCUCACCAUGGAUGGGCCGGGCUCUGUUCCCGCUGCCAGACUGCCCUACACAUGGCCUAAGAGCCUUGAUGGAUUUCCAGCCAUGACAAAUUACUCGAUGGCUGGGCGAACGUACAGAUACUACGAGGACGAGCCAUUGUACCCUUUCGGCUAUGGCCUCUCCUACACCCAGUUCUCCUACUCCAAACUACAGUACCCCAACACCAUACAGGCAGGGCAAGAUGUCGAGGUCUCCGUUCUCCUGGAGAACAUAGGGAAACAUGAGGGUGACGAGGUUGUUCAGAUGUAUAUAUCCUGGGACAACGCCAAUGUGACAGUUCCACAGCGACAGUUGGUAGCCUUCGAACGUGUCACCAUUGCUGCCAAAGGCCUCCAAGCAGUUCACAUGACGGUGUCAGCAGAGAGCAUGGCUGUCUGGGUGGACGACUCGGGGUGGGUGAUAGAACCAGGGAACAUCCGGAUGUUUGUUGGUGGACAGCAGCCAAAUCAACAAAAGUCAGCAGCAUCAAGAGUGUUGGAGGGUGGAUUCAAAGUCGAGGGAUCCAAGUACCUUGGCGUGUAUUAAGACUGAUUAUCUUUUUAUUAAUUAAUAAAAUGUGCCUUGUUGCAAAAACAGUAA